UCAUGUCAAGUGCUCAGCAAAACUUCAACCAAGGCCAAUCCCACGGCCAGACUCAGGCUAAGGCUGAGGAAUGGAUUCAAUCCACAAAGGAUUCAGCCUCUGCAGCCUCGGACAGGGCACAUUCAGCAGCUAACACAGCUGGGCAGACUUCUGAGAGAAACAAGGAGGAAGCUGCUGGUUUUCUCCAACAGACUGGAGAGCAGGUGAAAAACAUGGCUCAAGGUGCUGUUGAGAGUGUGAAGCACACCCUUGGCAUGGACAAUAGCAGCAACGCCAACGCCGCCAACACCAACGCCGCCAACACCACCACCGCCAACAAGUAAACUUGGACAUCUUGAUUCAUUUGUGAAUGUUGUCCUGCUAUACCUCCAUUCAAAUGGAAGGAUAAUAAUGUAUUCAUUUAUUUUUCUUUUUAGAUAGUAUAGCUUUUUCCUAGUUGUUAGGGAUUAGCAUACUACUACUUAUGUCAUGAUUAUUGUGCUUUUUGCUAAUAAAGAAAGCCAUAUCAUUUAUAAUAAAACUUAUAUUCUCUCUA